CGGACGUCCAGCUCCACUGCCCCGGCUGGCAGCAGGGUCCCAGGUAUGACGUGAUCAGCCCCUCAUUCCCGUCCUAAGGGGUCCCCACAGGGGACAGCCCCCACAGGGACAUUCCCCAGAGCCACACAGGAGGGCGAAGUUCAGAGGGUCAGGAAGCCACGGUGCCCUGGUCUCAAGGCAUCUCUGAUUCAGGACUGGCCUGACCAGAGUGACCUCCCACCCCCCUGGGUCUGGUGGUAUGUGACCGAAGACCAAAGGGCAGCCCCCCCCUCACCUCACCCCACCCAAGGGGCUGAGAGGAUGGAGCUGCUGUGCCAGGUCCGAGCCAGGGAGGAGGGGGUGCCCGGGGGGCAGGCGGGCGGUGGCAGUGCCUGAAGACCCCGAGCUCUGCUGCUCACGUGCCUCUGCUGACCCUAAAUGGAAAACUUCCAGUACAGCGUCCAUCUGAGUGACCAGGACUGGGCUGAGUUCUCGGCCGCUGCCGAGGAGUGUGGCCUCCUGCAGGCUGGCCUGGCCUCUGGGGAUGAGCUCUUGUCCAGUGACAUUGACCAAGGGGACAGCAGUGGCAGCAGUCCUCCUGAGCCCCUGCCCCUUUUUGGGGGGCAUCUGGCUCCCAGAGGGCGUGGCUGGCCUGGCUUCGAGGAGGAGGAGGACAAGGCGGCCACACAGCAGCUGGUCAGCAGGUCUUGGCAGGAGCCCGUCCUGGCCCUGGGGGCAGGUCAGCAGAUGCCCAGCACGUCCGCACCGUCAGAAGCUCAGCCAUCCCUCAGCCCUGGAGCCACCCCUCCCGGCCAGAGCCCAUCCCUGCGAGGGCCAGAGACUUCCAGAGACAAGAUGCAGAGGCUUCUACAGGGGCCAGCCCCACGGGACUCGGCCCCCAGUGUGCCUGGCGAGCCUCCUCGGAGCCCCGAGUCCCCUGGCCGUAGCACUGCCCCCCAGAAGCCGCCUGGCAGCCCUGGAGCCCCACCACGUAGCCCCAGCCGGAAGAAGAGGCGGACCGCAGGUGCCAAGGGGGGUGGGCGCCCGGGAGCCGCCAGCUCAGCUCCCACCCAGCCGGGCUCUCCACGGCUCACUGAGGCCAGGCCUGAGGAGGGCCUUGGCCCAGCUGGGUCCAGAGGAAAGGGUCUCUCGGCUGGGACAGCAGAGCAGAUAGCAGGAGCCAGGCAGGACGAACUGGGGCCGGAGUCUGCAGGAACCCAUGAGCAGGUGGCCGGGCAACGGCCUGGCUUGGAUCUGUCUACAACUGAGCAAGGUACAGAUCUACUCAAAAUGACCCCUAGAGCUGAGCUACACACUGUGUCCAGACCUGCCCAGGAGGCUGGUCCAGAUGUCUCAAUGGCUAAGUCAGACACGGCUCUGUCUACACCUGCCUGCCAGCCUCAGGCUGACUCGGCUCUGUCUACACCUGCCCGCAAGCCCCAGGCUGACACGGCUCUGUCUACACCUGCCCGCAAGCCCCAGGCUGACACGGCUCUGUCUACACCUGCCCGCAAGCCUCAGGCUGACACGGCUCUGUCUACACCUGCCCGCAAGCCCCAGGCUGACACGGCUCUGUCUACACCUGCCCGCAAGCCCCAGGCUGACAUGGCUCUGUCUACACCUGCCCUCAAGCCUCAGGAUGACACGGCUCUGUCUACACCUGCCCACAAGCCUAUACUGGAUGUGGACCUGCCUGUGCUGGGCCCAGUGGUCAAGCCAGAGGUGGAUUCAUGUAUACCUGUUUCAAAGGCCCAGUGUGAGGUGGGCGCAUCCACACUUGCCCUCAGUCUCCAGACUGAGGCUGACAUGGCAGAGGCAGAGGUUGCCCCAUCGGCAAAGCUGGAUUUGAGCUCUGCCACGUCUUCAGGGGCCCAGCAAGAGAAGCCCAGAGGGGAGCCGUCAGCAGGUGCCCCUGGAAACCACUCGGGGGAGCCCCCCACAGGCUCCGUCCAAGCUCCCAAGAAGAAGAAAGUGCGAUUCUCCGUGGCUAUGCCCAGCCCCGAGGAGCCAGGGCCAGAGGAGGCCUCGGGCCCACUCUCACCAGCCACAGCCUGGCCCUCAGCCCCCAGGACAGCAGCUGGGGGCCGCGGGGGGCCUGGAGCUUGGGACGCAGUGGCAGUCGGGCCCCGGCUCCCCCAGCCUCGGAUCCUCAAGCACCUGCCUCCCCCGCCAUCCGUUGCCUCUGGGGGGCCUGGGUACAGGAGCUGCUUUGCAGUGACCCUCCCAGAAGCCUACGAGUUCUUUUUCUGUGACACUAUCGCAGAAGAGGAUGAAGAGGCUGAGGAGGCGGCAGAGGACAGCCAGGUCCCCGCCGAAGUCCAGUGGCCGGAUGUAUGCGAGUUUUUCUUCCGGGACUGCCGAGCCCAGAUGUCUGGGCCCCGGACAGGCCGCUCCCCACCCCCACCCCCACCCCCGAAGGCCGAGCCCGUACUAUCCCCUGUGCCUGGAGACCCCAUGCCUAUCUCCAUCCCCGAGGCCUAUGAACACUUCCUUGGGGAGGACAGGCUGGGAGACUUGCUGGGGCCGGCUGCCCUACGCCAGCUGCAGGCCACAGAGCUCCCUAGGUUGGCCCCCCAGGGAGUAGAGCCUGGCACCCCCCCAGAGACCAGCCAAGCCACAGCACAGCAGCUCGACCUGGUGGUCAGGCAAGCAGGGGAGCCCCGGGGUCCCCUCACCGCCUUUACCUUCAGCCAGAAUGACAUGUGCCUGGUGUUUGUAGCCUUCGCCACCUGGGCUGUGAGAACAUCAGACCUGCAUACCCCAGACGCCUGGAAAACAGUCUUGCUGGCCAACAUUGGCACCAUCUCUGCCAUCCGCUACUUCCGCCGGCAGGUGAGGCGGGGGCGCCCCAGCCCCAGCCCCAGCUCCUAGGACCCAGGCUUGGCCCAGGAAGACGCCAGAUGAGGAAACGGCCACGGUGCUCAGGAUGAGGCGCUGCCCUCUGGCCUUGCCCUUUGACCUUUGUGUUCCACAGCAUCUAGGAAGGAGCCAGUGUCCUUGGUCUUGGCUCACUUGGACUCCACCUGAGGCUCCGGCCAGGCCGAAGCCAGGGCUGUGCUCCACACCUGGGAGGGUAGAUUUGGAAGGCCGGUGACGGGGGCCAAGCAGGGAGCCGGUUAGUAAGGUGGCAGAUUAGCAACUAAACAGGGGGCGUCCAGCGAAAUCGGAAUUUCGGACAUGCAAUAUCGGACUUAAACGAAGAAAUUAUCUGUGGUAUAUCUGAAAUCAGGUCUAACUGGGCGUCUGAUUUUAUCUGGUUAUCUAGUUAAGGGAUAAGUGGCAGGAUGGGGCAUUGGAAAUUAGAGGGUGUCACAGCAGCAGGAAGGCCCCAGCUGGACAUCUGAGCAGGGGGCAAGGGUGAGGGGGCUGGGUGGCCUCGACUCUGGGGCAGGGGGUCCCAGAGACUCUCUGCCCUGUGCACAAGUGGGCCUCUUUGGCCGUUGAAUUACAAAGGCCUGUGGCCAAGGCCUCCUUGCCUCCUGCCUGAGACAAUGAGCAGGUAUCUAUAGGGUUCGUAGGAAGGCAGCCCUGGCAGGGUGGGGGUCUGCAGGGCAGAGCCUGGAGCCCCUCCUCUGGGGAGCCCUGGACGAGGGGUGCAGCAGAAGGUAGUGGUAUCAGGCGGGGGGAUGGGACACCUGGGAUUGUCCCAGGGCUGAGAGGAGCUAGAGAUGGGGCAGGAAGGUGGGCAGGGGGUCACCAGGCUAGGUGCACAGGGUCCCAGGGAUGGCAGGCGCCUCCUGGUUGCUGAGUGAAGAAUGUGUGGACAUAGCACAAAUACAAUCUCUUUCUCUUU